AUGCAGGUACCUCGCGCAGAAUGUGACACACAGUCACUAACUGACAGUGUGACGGACUAUCCUGUCGAGAAUGGACGACGGUAUCACAAGUACCACGAGGGAGCCUAUGUCUAUCCCAACGAUGAACAAGAACUGGAUCGUCUAGACAUGCAGCAUCACAUGUUCAAGAUGGUCAUGGAUGGAAAACUGUUCCACGUCCCACUUGAAAACCCCCAAAAAAUCCUCGAUAUCGGCACCGGUUCAGGGAUAUGGCCAAUCGAGAUGGCGGCCUUGUUUCCAAAUGCCGAGAUCACGGGGACAGAUCUCUCACCCGUGCAGCCUACAGAGGUCCCACCAAACGUGCAUUUCCUCAUCGACGAUGCCACAGAAGAAGAGUGGCUCUGGGAUGCAGACCAGUUUGACUUUAUCCACAUCGGCCAUAUGACAGGUUCCUUGCCGUCCUUCAAGCGUAUCUUACGGCAGGCAUUCAAACACCUCAAGCCAGGUGCCUCGUUAGAAUGCCACGAGCUGGACCCGAAGCCACAAUGUGACGACAACACCAUGCCCCCCGAGAACCCUGAUGGUGGAUUCAGCGCGUUUGCAUUGCACGACUGGGUAGAUCUCAACAUGCGCUCAGGCCGGGACGCUGAUCCAGCACGGCAAUUCCGCAUUGCACACCGAAUCGAUCGGUGGAUGAAAGAGAUUGGGUUUGUGGAUGUUGAACAGCGGAUCUCCAAGAUACCGUUAAAUACCUGGCCCCAGAAUGAAAAGUUAAAGAUGCUCGGUGCGUGGAGUGAGAGAAAUUGGCUGGAGGCUUUAUCGGGGUGGUCAUACAAACCGUUUCUUGCUCUUGGCUGGUCGAAACCGGAGAUUGAGGUCUUCCUGGUUGAUGUGAGGAAGAGUAUCCAAGACCGCAAUGUCCAUGCCUACAUGGAUUACUAUGUUGUCACAGGGAGGAAGCCUUUUGCUGGUGAAGGCGAAGCCUCUUGA